AUGGGAACUAGGUUUGAUCGAUUCUCAAUAAGAGAGUACACUUCUAAGAUGAGGUCCCUCGACGUUUUCAAAUGUUGGCCAUUCACUUCAACUUCUAACCGUCAACUCACGCGCCACGAACUUCACUCAUGGCUUCCUCCACUCUCUCCCUGCCCUAGAUCCAAUCAAAACAACACCUCUCUAAAUCACUACAAUCAACCUUCACUUCCAGAACCUUCCAGAACCGAUAAAAACGGUUACACUAGCGAAGAAUCAUCCAAAUCAGAUGAAUUUGCUUUUCCUCCUUCUUCUCCUCCUCUUCCCGCCGUUGUUGCUCAUGCUGAUGAUGAGAAAUUCGAGAUGAUUUGUCCGGUUUGUCGUGAAUUCAACGCCGCUACUCUCACGGCAGUGAACGCUCAUAUCGAUGGUUGUCUUGCCGAGUCUGUUAGAGUGGAGCGUCGUCACAUGAGGAAGAUGAAUUCGAAAGCAUGUAAAUCGGAGUCGAAAUUGAAGUCGAAGUCGCCGAAGAAGCGUUCUAUAGCAGAGAUUUUCAAAGUGGAGGAUAAGGAUAAGGAUAAAAGUCAGAAUCAGGAUCAGCAGCAUAAGGAGGAAGAGCGACCGCUGCAAAACGAGAGCGUGACGAAAUUGUUACCGUGCCGUGAGGAUAUUGAAGAUAUUGAAGAUAUCGAAGAGGAUGAGGUUUCUAUUACUGUUAGGAAGUUCAGAUGGCUCUCUCAACGGCUCGAGGCGUUGAGAUCUAAACCUGGAGGUGAUGAAUCGGUGAAAUCCUCUGUCGAGGAGGAGAAAUUAGAGAUGAUUUGUCCGGUUUGUCGAGAUUUCAACGCGGCGACUGUGACGGCGGUGAACGCUCACAUCGAUAAUUGUCUCGCGCAGGCGGUUAGAGGUGAACGGCGUCAGACGGUUAAGACCGGUUUCAAUAGUUUCAAUAGUUUCAAGUCCAAACCUAAAGCGCCGAAGAAGCGUUCGAUUGCUGAGAUUCUAAACACGGCGCCACCGAUCGAAAUCAGUAAAAGCAAGGCGAAUAAUCCUUCUAUUGUAGUUGAGGAUGAUGAAGAUGAAGAUGAAGACAAAUUCUCCAAUUAUUCCGGUGAUGAAUUUAGUGCUUCUGAUGCUGCUGAUACUCUUGUAUCUGUCAACAAGACUAAGAAGAGUAAGAAUAAAAACGGCAAAAAGAAAAAGACGAAGAAGUCUAACAAGAAGAUGACGAAGAUGACGAAGAUGAAGAAGAAGUUGCUGAACAAUGAGAAGAAGACGGUUGUGAACAUGAAAAAGAAGAAAAAGAAGAACAUCUUCAACAGUGAGCUCACUGGGAAGAAGGAAAGUGCUUACAAGCGCGAGGUGCAAACUGCAGUAAAUAGUUGCAGAAAACUAAGAGGUACAAUUUGUAAUGAAAUGGUUGCUCUGCAAGACAUUGAACCUUCUGUCCAUAAAAAGAAGUUGGGUUUAAAUGGCUUAUCAAUUGAAAAGAAGCAUCGAUUUAUAAACUGUGACUCCGUUGGAAAGCGGCAAAAACCAAAUUCUCCUGUUGAGGGCACUUUUAAGAACCACUUGAAACAUUUUUCCGGCAAGAUAUCAGAUGGAUGUAAAGUUCGAGAUGGUGCUGAAGAAAGCCAUGUGAAUGAUGAAGUGCUAACCUCUGACAUACGUGUCAAAUUCUCUUAUAAAGAUGAAAUAGUUGGUCCGAAAAAGAGAACUUCAUUUGACGAAACUAUGUUUAACACAUCUUCAGAUGCACUGGCUACUUCAUUUGUAAAGGACCGGUUCUCUGGAACUGAUGAAGAAAGUUCAAGUUUUGAGGCAAACAGAAAUUAUGGCCACAAAGACAAAAGAGAGGAGUUUUGCCCAAUAACUGAAAGCAAACAGUUUUCUAGUACUCUGGAACAAGCCACGAGACCAAAUUUCUUGAGGCCAUGUAUUGAUCAAGAGAAAUCUAAUCAGUUAGAACACAAGUCUGAAUUAUUAACCAAGAUGGCAGUUUAUGACAAUAAUGAUUCACAGCUUUUUGAUGGAGGCAACACAACUACAGUUAAUUUUUCUCCAAAUGCUGGUAUUUCUAAACCUCUACCAGCAAUUCAACAAGGGCAAAUGUGUGGUAAUAAUACAGAAGUGCGUGAAUCUGGAGGUUUCAGUUUUGGUGGAAAGUUCAUUGACUAUUCGGAGGAUCGUACAUUUCAGGUUGAUGCUGUGAACAAAAAUGCAAGUACAGACACAUUCCUGGAGCCUUCAUCGUCUUAUUCAGCUCCAUAUAACAAAGUUAAUGAAAGGCCAGAAUCUCCAUCGCCUUCAUCGUCUUACUAUGGAGAUAAUGUGUUUCCUGCAGAUAUGACUGAGAAGUCAUACCCUUUUACAAGUUGGGGACAAGGAUGCAUAAGAAAUAGCUGUAUGGAUCCCAACUUUUUCGGUUUACCACUCAAUUCUCAGGGUGAGCUGAUCAAUUUCAGUUCGAAUGGAAAUGUAGUGACGGACCACCUGGAGACAUCUAGUCCAUUGGGAGGUUCUUUAAAUGGCUUGCCUAGUAAUGAUGUUCUCUGUCGAAGUAGCCAGGAAAAUUUAAGCAUGAAUGAGAUGCAUGUUGUUCAGAAGACAUUACAAAAAGAUGGUCUUAGUUCAUUACCUCAUUAUCCACCUAGAUCAGCUGUGACCGAGUUACACAGUCAAAGAGAAGAUAUCCAUCCACCUGAUUCUGAAAUGUUUUCCAAUCAUCAUGUGCAGCCACUACAUUCAGAGUUCCGUAAACAUAACUUGUGUGUUGAACAGAAUCAAUGUGAAAGAGUGCAGAACCACAAAAGAAAUGGGAUGGUUUCUCUUAAAGAAGGUUCAGAUCAUAUCUCACUAAGUUCCAGCCAACCAACAGUGAGGUUGAUGGGUAAAGAUGUUCCAAUUGCUAGAAGCAACCAAGAGACACAAAAAAUACCGGGAGAUGUUUGGACUGAUGAGGAAUCCAGAAGAAGGCAUUAUGCUGACUAUACCGCUUUAGAAAAUUCUUUUCUAGGAAGAUGCUCCAAGCAGGAUUGGGUAUCUGGUUCCUCUUUACAAAUAUCAACUAAUAGUGCAUUGCAGUCUGAGAAAACCCAAAGUACUUGUGGAUCACAAAGCACUCCGGGAUUUCCUCAACAGUUCUUUGAUAUGCAAAGUAAUCAUGUAUCUCAAAAUGGAAGCUUCGAGGUCGGCAGAAAUGCCAGUUCUUAUAUCAAUCAUAAUGCUCGAGAAUCAACCUCAUAUGUGGUAUUUAAUGGGACGCCCAGUGACUCUUCAGAGCAGUUUAUAGCCGGUUCUAAACCAUCAGGACCGAGCUCUCGGCCACCGGUAUUACUCACUCCUUGCAAUUUUAAUCAGCCGACAUGUUCAAGAAAUGGCGAGCUUAGUGGCAGGAACAAAAUUCCUCAUGUUACCAAAUCAGCCUUCGGAUUUCCGUUCUUGCAGCCUGCAGUCAAUGAACAGGCCAAAACAAAUUGGAGUCAGGGGCCUUAUAGAAGUUUACCAUCUUGGUUGUCAAGCUCAACAGAUGACAUCCUAAACGGCACCUAUUCUCCACAGUUUUCUGGCGUUAGUAAUCAAAGUUUUCCUCAAAAUCGAUGGGGAAAUAAUUUUGCUACACCAUCUUUUAAUCAAUCAGCAGAAUUUCUCUACGCUUCUAAUCCUUUAACUUCUGGGGUUCCUAUGAAGACGACCCCUCUUUAUCCAGCAUCAGUUCAACCUCAACAAGUUUCAGCUACAUCCUCUACCAUGAAUAAUGGCUGUAGAAACAUAAAUAAGGUCGCUGACAGAGUAAAGUUGGAUAAUAUGGCUGUCAAAGACCAUCACCCAUGCACAAAUGUCAGGAAGAGACCUGCAGCUAAUCUUGAUGAUUCCCGAAAACCUAUCAAGUUAUCCAAUAUUGAAGUGAAAGAUAACAAAAGAACAGUGGUACUUGAUCCACAAGUGGAGAUUGCUAGAAGUAGGUGUUGCCCGAAUGUGGCUCAAAAUCUAAAUCCCACAAGUUAUCCUGUCACUGAUUCUUUUAAACCGAACGGCACAAUAAGAUCUAGCCCUGUCCGACUUGGUCCUAAAAGAGCUAAGCACAUCCUAAACUCUUGA